AUGUCCCUUCGUUACUUGCCCCUGUUGUGCUGCUCGCUGGCUUCGGCAGCCAACCUCUAUGCCACUCAUUACUCCGGUUCUGUUUACACUCUGUCCCUGGAGGGCGGAGAUGACGGAUACUCUUUGUCCGUCGCCUCGGACUUGAAGACCUGCGGCCCUAUGCCCAGCUGGAUCACCCUCGACCCCGAAUCGAAGCUGCUCUACUGCUCCGACGAGAACGGCGAUGCCUCCAGCAACGGGUCCCUGACCAGCCUUGCCAUCGGCGAGGACGGCAGCUUGACCGAAGCCGCCAAGACGGACGCCGCGCCGGGCGGUGGCGUCAACAGCAUCAUCUAUACCGGCGAGGACGGCUCCAAGUAUCUGGCCAUCGCGCACUAUGGCGGCUCCGCCCUGUCCACCUUUUCCCUGCCUCUGGACGCCGAUGCCGAGCCUCUUCAGGUCUUCCACUAUGAAUUGACCAAGCCCGGCGCCACUCCCCAGCAGGGUGCCUCGCACCCCCACCAGGUCAUCCUCGACCCGUCCGGCUCCUUCCUGCUUUCUCCCGACCUGGGCGCCGACCAGAUCCGCGUGUACGCCAUCGACAAAUCUUCGGGUUCCCUGAACGACUGCCCGUCCAUCGAGUUCCCGCACGGCAGCGGCCCCCGUCACGGCCUCUUCGAACAGCCCGAGGCCACUCGCUUCCGAUUCCAGCGCCGCGCCGGCUCGCAGCAGACCCUGCUGUACACGGUCAGCGAGAUCGGCGGCCACUUCAAGGCCUUCGACGUUUCUCACACCUCCGACGGAUGUCUCGCGUUCCGCGAAACCCAGUCCUUCGACCCCUACCCCGGAGGUCUGCCCGAGGGCGCCACCCUCUCGGGCAUCCAGUCGGACGGCACCUCCUUGUACGUGUCCAUCCGCUCGGAUAAGGGAUUCGAUCCCAACGACUCCAUGGUGACCCUGGGUCGCUCGUGCAACGGCACCGUCGCCUUCCGGGACCUCACCUCGUCGUACGGCACCGUCCCUCGCACCUUUGAGAUCAACGAGGCCGGCGACCUGGUCGCCAUUGGUAACCAGGCGUCGUCCAACGUGGCCAUCGUCAAGCGCGACCCGGAGACCGGCAAACUGGGAGACGAGGUGGCCAGCGUGCAGGUCGGAGAGCCUGGCGAAGUUGGCACUGCCGAGGGUCUGAGCAGCCUUAUCUGGGGGUUGUAA